CAAUCCCGAUAUAUUCAACAUUCCCUAUUAACUCGCCGCACUUUACUCUGACUCAAAAUCUCAACUCAGCAAUUGAGCAUCAGGCAUAACCAGUAAAGGAAAGGAAAAUCGGAUCAAAAUGGAGCAAACAUUCAUCAUGAUAAAGCCCGAUGGGGUCCAAAGAGGCCUGGUUGGUGAGAUAAUUGGCAGAUUUGAAAAGAAAGGAUUCACUUUAAAAGGUUUGAAGCUGAUGACUGUGGAGCGCUCUUUUGCUGAGAAGCACUACGAGGACCUGUCUUCAAAGCCCUUCUUUGGCGGGCUUGUUGAGUACAUCAUCUCCGGCCCUGUUUGCGCAAUGGUUUGGGAGGGUAAGAAAGUUGUUACCACUGGCCGCAAGAUCAUUGGGGCAACCAAUCCUCUCGAAUCUGCUCCUGGAACCAUCCGUGGUGAUUAUGCCAUUGAUAUUGGCAGGAAUGUCAUCCAUGGAAGCGAUUCAGUUGAGAGUGCAACCAAGGAAAUUGCACUAUGGUUUCCAGAAGGCCCUGUUAACUGGCAGAGCAGCGUUCACCAUUGGGUCUAUGAAUGAAUUAACUUCCGUUUAGCUGUCCUUGGCUGUUCAUCUGCUUCCCUGUUAGUGAACCUUCUAUCAAGUUUUAAGUUAAAUCAUGUUUGAACUUGGUUUUGUGGCUACUUUCAUAUCCAGUCGCACAACAUUGCGGAUUUAAGUUAAUAAAGCUAUUUAGUUGCCAUAA